ACACACUCAGGUGUCAUGCAUGUGAAAAAGCUCAGAGCUGUGAGCCACAGAGACGCUUGCAAAUCAAGACAGUGCAGCAAACACAGGUGUGGCUUCUCUGCAGGUAAAAAAACACACAGCGCCAUGGUUACUGAAGGGGGGCGGGGCAUUCAGCAGCAUGUACACACACACACACACACACACAGGAACCUUUGGAAGAACUCGUCCUCAGCUGCUGUCCGACACAGGUCCGAGUCACACCUCAGUGAAGCUCAACCCUGUCAUGAGUCUUCCAGCAGAUUAACGGCCUCAUGUGUGAAAGGAUGGAACCUCAGAGCUGAAGACAGGAGAGUGACAACAUGCUGGAAAGUGGCUGUUCGAUGCAAGAAAGUCAGGGCCUGCUGGACGCUGGGCGGCCGGCGGACGGCAGGAGGUGGUGUAGCUCCUCACGCCGUCACUGCUUCUGCUUUAUUCUGGUGUUUGCUGCCGUUUAUCUGCUCUUUUACAACAGAAACCUAACGGAAAGCACAACUGACUGGAACGCUAAAUGGUUGAUGCACUAUAAUCCAACAAAAUGGUGGACACCUUUUAAAAGUCUGAGUCAGAGCAAGAACUUUCCCAACACGACAGAUCUCAGCAGCAUCACUCGUUCUCCUGGAGCUGCUGACGGUUCCACAGCUGACAGCAGCUCCUCAGUGACUGAUCAGGCGACACAGAACAACUCGGUUCCCCCGCUGGUUCCUUACGUGUCUCCUGGACCAUAUCUAGUGGAAUAUCCACAUCAGUACCACUUCAAUAUCAAUGAGCCGCAGAAGUGCGCGGAGCAGCAGCCUUUCCUGGUUCUGAUGGUUCCUGUGGCGCCCCACAACCGGGCCCACCGGGACAUCGUCCGCAGCACGUGGGGAGGGGACAGCAGCGUCCUGGGUAAAGUGGUGAAGCUGUUCUUCCUGCUGGGGCUGAACACUGGAGAGGGAGCGGAGCAGCUCCCAGAGCAGCUGCUGCAGGAGAGCAAAGAGCACCAGGACCUGAUCCAGAGCGACUUCGUGGACUGCUACAAGAACCUGACCAUCAAGACCAUGGUGAUGCUGGAGUGGCUGGACUCCUACUGCUCCAGCGCCUCUUACGCCAUGAAGAUCGACUCGGACAUGUUCCUAAAUCUGCCCAAUCUCAUAAAUAUGUUGUUCAACGCUCCGAAGACAAACUACAUGACCGGACUCGUGGCGAAUGGAGGUGCCGUUCUGAGGGAUCCGAACUCUAAAUGGUACGUUCCUGUCGAGAUUUACUCCAAACCACAGUACCCACGAUACGCGUUGGGCCUCGGCUACGUUCUGUCGUUAGAUCUCCCGAAAAAGUUGGUGGAAGCAGCCAAAGACGUGCGAGCUCUGUACAUUGAAGACGUUUAUCUGGGGUUGUGUAUGCAGCACCUGGGCAUCCCCCUCACUGACCCCCCAGACUGGGGCUACUUUCAGGUGUUUCCUGUGCAUUACUCUCCCUGUGCUUUCUCCAAGCUGAUCGCCACCACCACUCAUGAAAACGCAGAUCGUACGUGGAUGUGGGCGGACUUUAAAAAACAAGACCCGUUCUGCUGAUGUGUGAAAAAGAAACAGGACUCAUUCAAUUCAGUUCAGUUCAAUUUGUAUAGCACCAAAUCAUAAUAUAUAUUAUCUCAAGGAUCUUUACAUAGAAGGUCGAGACAUUCAUAAUGUUACCAAACUUAUUCAAUGUUUUGUGGUUUACGUUUUAGUAUAGUUUGAAUCUGCUGUCCUCUCAGAUUCACGUUGAACAGAACAAACUUCAUCGAGCUGGUUCUGUUUCGCUGAGAAUCUGAGAUUCAGUGACUGAAGGUUUUAAAUCCAGUAUUUUUACAGUUCUGAAAAUACUGAGUUAAUUAUCGACAGUACGUCGGCGUUAAGUGUGUUUGCUGAUAGGUGGAGUUACAGUGAAGGGGUUGGUCUGACGUUUUCAAUUUCCAUCAUUGUCCAUAGAACAGAUGUUGCUGUUUGGUUUGGAACCACAAACCCUGAAAUGCGUCUUGUUCAGACGGAACAAAUCCAUCACAGCCUCAGGGAGAAAUCUGCACUGUGCUUUUGUUUGCUUUAAAUCAGGGCUGACCUGCUCUCGCACCAAAGACAAGUUCCAACUCGUCAUCCAGCUCCACAAGCAGGAGAAGCUUCCUGAAAGUAUUCUGUUGUGAUGUCACCUCCUCUGUGAUGUCACACUGUCGUACGACAACAGGCAGUGAGACAGUUUCUAUAACUUCUCCUCAAAUAUGCUGCUUCGUAUCUUUUAUACGUUCUAUAAUCUCCACUGUGAGUGACAGGAACAACAAAUCCACAGUCAACGGUCAAACUUUAUCUGAAAGUUAAUAGAAGACUUUUAAGAAGAUAAAGACUUUUAUAUUGAAACUGUCAAUUUGCUAAAUAGUAUAGUUUGUGAAGUUUUUAUUUUUCAAAAUAAAAUGCCCACUUUUCCAAUGCCACUGUGAGCUGUUAAUAAUGUAAACAUGUAACUUACUGAAGGAAGUGAUCAUUAAUGAGUAACACUAGAAUGAAUGAAUGUGAACUCACAGUUGAUUUGUUCAUGGAAGCAAACAAUCCGAACUCCAGAGAACUCAGGUCAGAGUUUUCUCUCUGUGGGGAACACACACAUGAAGCAUCCUGAUGUGUGUCAGAGUGUUUGUGUUGUCGUGCAGCUGCAUGUUCGUUCGCCUUGUGUUUACAUCUGACAGCUCAUUCAAAAACUGUUUUUAUGUCCACGACAUCACAUCCUGUUGUGAUUUCGGAGGCUGGUGCGUCUCGAAGGUUCAUUAUGUUCCUGGACUCAAGCUACUGUUAAAAUCAUGAUUAUUUAUUAGCAGCAGCCAGAGUCUACACACUAAUGUUGAAGAUAUAACUCCGGUAAAAACAGGACAAUUCUGCCACUGGAUAAAAGCAGAGCUCUCAGGUCAGUGUGGUGCUUCUCCAGUCGGACUCAACCAACUAAAGAACGGUCUGUUCUCGGGCCUUUGUGUGAGUUUCCAGUUCUUGUAUGUUGAACGUCUACUUGGUUCAGGGUUACUUUGAUGUGUACUUUAUUUUAUAAUACCUUUGUUUAUACACUUUUUACAUUUGUUCCCGUACGUUUUAUUUUCAAUCUCUCGAUGUGACGCACAUUAAGCUUCUUCUAAUGAAAUGUGCUGAAUGAGUUAAAUGUCGUUGUCAUUUAACUCCUCACGACUCUGCACAUGUUCUAACCUUCAUUAGAAAUGUUAGGAUGUUUAUUUUUCCACUUCAUUAAACACUGUUGUUCCGUCUAUUUCUUUAAACUGUACAUGCUAAAUAUCCUGAGGGGAAUAAAACCCUGUUAAGGCUGCGUCACCUCUUCCAGGUGAAUUUGAAUCCAGUGAUCUAUAGUUGGGUUAGGGUUAUUAGUUUGUGUAAUAAUAUUGUAAUCAAAUUGUUUUCCAAAUUGGUAUAAUGAAGGUAAAAUAAGUAAAUACACUAUGAGUAUAAUAAUAUUUGAUGUGCUUAUGAAUGUAGAGCACUUAUCAAUAACCUCUUCUCUAAGACGAGUUUAAACUCUGUGUGUGGUUCUGUUGUCAAUCAUCAUGUGUUUAAAUCAUUAAAUUGAUGGAUUCGUACAGAAACAUUUAGAACUGAGAACCGA